AUGUUGUCACCGAUUGUGGACAUGAAAUCCGUUGGCACGGACGAUGGCUUUGAUAUUUACCUUCCAGGGAGUGACGCAUUCUAUUUUAAACGUCAGUUACACUAUCAACCAUACACUCCGUGUGCUUUUCCUGUGGAGUGGCUUGGGCAUCAGGGUAAGAUGCACAAAACAUCCGUUCAUAUGCGAAUAUCACCUUCAAACCUAGAGGAGGCUUGCGCUUCCGGUAGUUUGGGGUACGUUAUCAUGUUCUGGGCUCAAGGACAGAAUAUUAAGGGCUGCGAAUCCGUAGUUGGUGGUGGCGAUACACUUCUCAUGACAGCGGCGUAUAAGGGCCAUAUACAUGUCGUGCGUUUUCUUGUUGAUGCGGGCGCUGAUAUCAACGCAACGAAUAGCGCAGGGUUCAGUGCCCUGCAUAUGGCAGCAUCAGCAAUUAACUACCACAUUGUGCGAUUUCUCUCGACCACGGUGCUGAUCCAACAAAGAAGAACCACCAAGGGUAUAGUGCGUAUUGUGUUGCUGUGCAGAACGCAAGUCUUCCUCUUUUGCUCUUGUUGGCAGAACAUCGUCCCAUUGAUAUCCAUGAGAGAGAUGAAAUGGGCCACGCACUGCUCCAUUGGGCAGCAUACAACAAUUCUGUUGCCAUAUGUCAGUACCUUGUUGAGGUGUGCAAGAUGGAUAUAA